UCCACAUUUGGUUUGCGCCUCGUGUGUUAGGAGAUUGAAUAACUUUAUUCUGUUCAAGAAUAUUAUUACCGAAACACAGCGAUCGUUAAAAGAAGAUACACGUGUUAAACGUUGUGUCGAAAUUUCACCUUCUGUGGCAAAACCGUCAGCCAAAGCUCGAGCAACAGGAGCAUCUAGACGACGAAGCAUAGAUUUCAAUCUUGCCACUGCCGGCGAUCAGUCGCCUAGUUCGAAAUCACAAUUGCACACGGUACAAGUAUUGGAUAUGGCAAACAAAGAACUAGUUGAGGUUGCCAGAAGAACUGAGCCAUCUGUUUUGAGGCACAGGACAUAUGAUGGUAUGUCAGCUGACAAUUGGAUGUCAGAGGUGUUGGAGGAGUUGGCCACUAGAUGUCCAGUUACCAACAACAUUUUGUCUGCUCUUCUGGAGAGCACAAUCUACCAGAAUAAGAAACAGCCUGCUAUCUGCUUAAUUUAUGGUAUCAUGAUGUUCUUGCGAUGCCAUGAAUUAAGCAGAGUUCAACGAAUCAAUUCUGUCUUGCUGAUAGAAGGCCAAGCAUCUGAAAAUUCACUGGCUCGUUUGAAUAAGUAUGGUUUGUGUCUUGAACCCAAGAUGAAGUACACAAUUCUUGAGGACAUUGGCAAACAAUUCAUCGAUCAUGCGGCGGAUUUGGUAAAGUCUGGCCACACAUUUGUGUAUGUCCUUGACAACAUAGAUUGGGAGGAGAAGGUGCAUGAUAUGAGGCAAGAUGUGCAAAACAAGAGUGUUCAUGCAGUUGCAACAAGUAUUGUUUUUGACCGUGUUUGUCAUCAAGAUUGCCGGAUUCUGGUCCACAGAGAGAUCUGA